GGGCACAGCAAACAAAAGGGUUGAUGGCGCAACAAAGCUAAUGGGCGCAAUUUUGAGGGUUUUCGCUAUGCUUUCAUUAGCGAUGGACGCAAUUUUGAGGGUUUUAGCUAUGCUUUCAUUAGCAACUAAGCUAAUGAACGCAAUUUUGAGGGUUUUCGCUAUGCUUUCAUUAGCAACUAAGCUGAUGAACGCAAUUUUGAGGGUUUUAGCUAUGCUUUCAUUAGCAACUAAGCUAAUGAACGCAAUUUUGAGGGUUUUCGCUAUGCUUUCAUUAGCAACUAAGCUAAUGAACGCAAUUUUGAGGGUUUUCGCUAUGCUUUCAUUAGCAACUAAGCUGAUGAACGCAAUUUUGGGGGUUUUCGCUAAGCUUUUAUUAGCAACUGAGCUAAUGAACGCAAUUUUGAGGGUUUUCGGUAUGCUUUCAUUAGCGAUGGACGCAAUUUUGAGGGUUUUCGGUAUGCUUUCAUUAGCGAUGGACGCAAUUUUGAGGGUUUCGCCACGCUUUGCGUAGGAUCAGAGGGUGCUCGGGUGGGGUCUAUGCGUCGGACCCCAUCUAUGAAACCAGCCUGUUGGUACGGCUGUAGACCGCGAGGCCUGCCAUCUCUUGGCCUCGCGGUAAGGGCGCACGCCGGAGGGGCGCGUCCUCCCUUUCAAGGGAGGAACCUACGCUCCUCUUCGGGGUCCUCCUUUGGGAGGGUCUCGAAGGGGAGUGAAGGGAAGCGCUUCAAAGGCGGGAAGGGGGAAAGGGGGAUGAAGAAAGGAAGAGAAAAGAAAAAACAAAGAAAAAAAGAUGGGGCGAAGAUGAAGAGCGAGGACGAAAAAAAAGGUAA